AUGACGUCUCGAGUUACCGAGUCUCUGGCCGUUGCUGCUGCGGCUACGGCGCCGACUAAGACGGCGGCGAAGUUUAUUGCUGAAGCUGGUGUAGACGCGAAGGAAGACGGCUUAAACACACCGUCCGAUGGCGAGUCUGGGAAUUCAGGGGAUAUAUUGUAUUUCCACCAGCAUAUCGAGAGAAAUGGCCAACAAGUCCUCGUCAGCUGGACGAAGGAAGAGGAGAGGCGCGUUGUUCGUAAAGCAGAUUACUUGUUUCUCCCUAUAUUCGCUCUCAUGUUCACAUGGAUGGCCAUCGACCGCACCAACGUCUCGGGCGUCCUAACGUCGACUUUCCUAAAAGACACCCACAUGACGCGAGACCAGGCGAACACGGGGGUCUCGCUGCUCUGGUUCGGCAUCGUAUUACUCGAGAUUCCUUCGAACAUCGUCCUCCACCGCGUCGGCCCCCACUACUGGAUCCCGCUGCAGGUCGUCGUCUGGGGCGUGCUCGAGGUCCUGCAGAUGUUCGUGCGGGACGCUGGCGGGUGGUACGCGGCGCGCUUGUUCUUGGGGCUGGCGGAGAGCGGCUUUAUCCCUGGCAGUUUGUACGUGCUCUCGCGGUGGUACACGCAGGACGAGCUCGCGAGCCGCACGACGGUGUUUUUCUUCGGCCCGUCGAUUUCGGCCGCUUUUGGCUCGUUGAUAAGUGCCGGGGCGCUGAGUAUCGAGGGCGCGAGGGGAUUGUAUGGGUGGCAAUGGAUUUUUCUCAUAUGUGGUGUUUCUACGAUAACUACCGGCCUCGUAGCCUUUACUCUCGUCCCCGAGUCCCCUCACCACACAAACCGCCUCCUUGGUGGCUUGGUCCCGUGGAGCGGGUGGCUAUCUGAGCGCGAGGCAGACGUCUUCGUAGCGAGGAUAAUCAGGGCUGAUCCGAAGAAAGGACAAGCUGCUACUAUGAAAAUUGAGUUUAAGGACAUAACCGACGUGCUCUUCAGCUGGACUACUUGGCCCUACCUAAUCAUCUGCCUAAGCGGUCUUCAGUCUGCCGGCGGCCUGCAAACAUGGGGAGCAACCAUCGUCCAGUCUCUCGGCUUCACGAGCAUCCGCGCGAAUCUACUCAAUGCUCCCGCGCCUAUUAUCUCGGCUUUGUUCGCGCUCGUAUUGUCCUGGUUCGUAGACCGGUACAAGCGGUUCGGCUAUACUAUCAUGUUUGCUGCGGUCUGGACUAUGGCUGGGCUUAUAGCUCUUUAUAAUCUCCCGGUUACUACCGAGGCCUCGUGGUCUUUCUACGCUGCUUAUGUCGUGACGGUUGCUGCCCCGUAA